AGCGCUUGUGAGAGAGAAACCAUUGUGUAUAGAACAGAGGAAACAUUUCAACCAGAACUUUCAUCCUCUGACAACUGUAAGUAAAACAUUGACACAAUCCUACAUAUAUGUCAUCCUCAUCCUCAUGUCCCUUAGUCCUUGGACCCUUGGGGCGCCACAGAUGACAUGUUAACCAUCCUCUCUGUCUUCAGCACUACACACUGCAUCGCCCCGUAUAUAUGUAGUUGAAUUAAAUGAAGGAAGAGUUCAAAUGUCACAUAGUGGAUUGUGUAAGUAUAAUUGUGUUACAGUUCUUUAAAAUUUGAUGUCUCAAACAAAAUGCAUCUAUCUGCAGCAAUUCCUGAAGAUUUCUUUGAAGUAACCCAGUCAGAUAUUAGAGUGAUGUACAGAGAUCUACAAAAUGCUGUGUAAGUAACUAAGUACAAUUCAGUCCAACUUUUACAGCAAUUUUUUAGUUUUAUAAUACUUGAAUGUUUUGCUACAAAAUAACAGCUGAGGACUAACAAGUUAGGAUAAUCAUUGAUACCAGAAUCUGAAAAUAAUCUACAUACAAACUUGCUGUAAAAAUGAUCUCCAUUCACAUUUAAAAAUAAUAUUUACCCCCACUUUCUUGUAAAAUAAUCUACAACCAUACUUGCUCUUUACAGGAUUGCUUACCUUGCUGAAAUUUUAAAAAAAUGCUUACAUUUUAUUUAUUGGAUAACGAAACAAUAUAUAAAUCUCAAUCUUUUUAAGCAAACAGUUUGAAGAUCAGCCAUUAAUGACUAAAGCAAUGAGACAAUCCCAAACAGAAGCACUAUAUGAUCAUUAUGACAGAGUUGUGAUCCGUGUCCAGUUUCCUGAAAAACUUACAUUGCAAGGUGUCUUUAGGCCCAGAGAACCAGGUCAGUAAGAUAUUUAAAGAGCACUGAUGCAGUGUAGAACACUUUUCUGACAUACAAUUUUUUCCACAGUUAAUUUGGAAACUUGAAAUAAAAUCAAGUUAAAAAAAAAAAGUCUUCAUUUAAAAAUUAUUGACAUUUCUUAAUCAAUUGAAAAAAAUUUUUUUUAGUUCAGUAAGGGAUGUAUUUUUGAGAAAUGAGUACAAUUUUCAGAAAUCAAAAGUUACUUAUUUAUGAGUCACAUGUUGGUGGGAUAUAUAAAAAACGUAUCAUUCCAAAAGUUCUGAAUGAUGAAAAAAUACUGAUGUGGCUAUGCAUUAGCCAGAACAUUCUUGUAUAAAACAAAGUAUUCAUUUAUUGUAAAGACAUGUGCUGUUAGAGAACUCCCUGUUUAAGAACAUUAUUUUCUACUUUGUAGUUCGUUUAAACUUGUCUUCCAAAGAAACUCUUUUUUUUAAUAGUUUAAAAAUAGUUUAAAAAUUAUAUGUAAAUACUGGGAUCCUUGAGAAAAAUUUCAUAAUGCCAACAAAUAUUCUGCUUCCGUUUCAAACAAUACUAAAGCAGAUUUAUUUCAUUGUCAUUUAUUCAGUUGUUUUUCUCUCUCCUGUAUCUCAAUUUUCAAUAUCAUGUUGUUUUCUGCAGUUGCUGCUUUGUACAGUUUUGUCAAAGCUCAUAUUAAAAAUGAGAAGCUUUCUUUCUACUUAUGUAAGUAACUGUACAGCUCAAAUUAAAAUUUCAUCUUAGUAAAAUUAUAAUAAAGAAGCAAAUCUGUUUUUUCUAAAUUCAGUAUUAAAAUGGUAGACUAUUAAAAAGGUUUAAUAUUACUUUUCUUAUUUAUUUGUAUUUUUUUGAAGAUACAUCACCACCCAAAGAGGUUCUUAAAGACAAGAAAUCUUCCCUAGCAGCGGUAAGCAUUGCUUCUAAUUAAGAGUUCUGCUUUUUCUUGAGUGUGUUAAAGUUUUUAUACCUUUAGUGGUUAAAUUAUCAUUGUAUAUUUUUGUUUGAUUAUUAAUAAAUUUAAAAAAAAAAAUUAAAAUUGUUAUAAUUCCCAACCAAUAAAGGCUUUUUCAUUAAGUUAAGCAUUUCAAAAAUUAAUUUUAAAUUAUAGCAGGAUUGGUAUAGUAGGCUGCUUACUCUCCUACCUGUGUAGCAUGAUUGAGUUAUAAAUGGAUGUUUAUGGAAUUCAGUUAUACGCAAGUAAUAAUCCACUCUUCAGGAAGUUUGCAAUAUUGAUUUUUUUUAAAUUGUGAUAUCUGAAUAUCCAACUUUGUUAUAAACCAUAGGAUGGGUGGGGGAAGAUUUCAAGAUGUAAAUUUUUCCAUCCCGACUCCUGAGAAAUCGAUCAUGUGCACUGUGUGCAAACAGUGUCGGACCGACCGGGUGUCUUUGGGUUGGGGCGGCAUCCAGCAGAACCUGGUCGAGCAGACUCUGGUGGGGGCUGCCCUGACAAAGAGACAUUCCUGACGUGCCGCUCUGCGGCCUGAUACCGGGUUGGGGAGGGGUGUUUUGGGGAGGGCACAAAGAGCGCAAGCUCAACGGUCUGCUGACGCCAUUUCUUAAUGUAAUAUAAACAAUAUUAUUUUUAUGCAUUUAGCGGAGAUGAUAAAGUUACUGUGAAAUUAUGCUUGAUGACGUUCACUUCAAUUUGUUGGUAUUUCAACAAUUUCAGCAAAAUAAUGUUUAAUAGGUCUCUUAUCUUGUAAUUAUUGAUGCUUUACAGUUACUUAGUCAGGAAAUAUUUUAACAUUAAAAAAUACCCAAACCAAAUAUGAUAAUCGAGAAAUAGUUAAAAAGAAAUCUUUAUUUAAAAGCCUGUUGUUUUUUUUUACAUUAUACACUAAAUUAAGUUUAUGUAAGACUGAGGAUGACUGCAAGCAGGCUUUUAAAGAAAAAUAUUUCUUUGAGCUUUAAAACACACACACACAACCACCCCCCCCCCCCCCCCCCCCUCCCCCUAAGAAUUAGAUAAAGUUUAUUAAAAAAACAAUUUUAAUUAUUCUUGAAUCAGAUAAUUAUUUCUUUCUUAAUUAAAUAGCCGAUAAAAUAUAUUUAUUAAAUAUUAUAAAAUUAACUGACCCAUUACUUAAAAAUAUUUUCUCCUUUUCAUUAGAAUCGUCUGGCACCCGCAGUGAUUGUUUAUUUUGGCUCAGAUGUACAGACAGGUGAGAUCAGCCAGAGAUGUAAAUUUAUCUGUGAAAUUAAACAAUUUGGAAAAAAUCUCACUUAAGUUUAACUUCCCAUUGAUCAUUUGCAAUCAAUAGAGAUUACUGAAUGUUUUUCAAAGGAUGCAACAAAUUUUUAGGUUAAUUGUGAGUUUGCUUUUACAAGAUAUUAAAAAAAAAAUUUUAAUUAAACUUAUGUAACUUUAAUUUUCUUUUCAAUAUAAUACCCUGCAUUAAGAUAUUAAAGUAUCUUUUAAGAAUUUUAUUACAUACUCACAUUAUGACCAGCCCUCUAUGGAUCUGGGGAUUUUCUCUCAAAUUUGUUUUGCGUCAUUUGUAUUCUUUGAAGAUCAUUACAUGAAGGAAGAAAUGAGAGGGAGGAUAAAACCGAGAUUAGAAGCUGAGAAGGUUGUAACAAGGAUGUAAGUGUUUAGUAAUUUACUCAUUUCAUCAGACGGUGGUUGUGUUUUUAGAUACGUGUAAUGGACAUAUGAUUUGAAACUCACUCACCGAAGGGUGCUUGGAUUUGUAAUUUAAAAAAAAAAAAAAAAAAAAAANGUUGGUUGGUUGGUAGGUUGGUUGGUUGGUUGGCUGGCUAUUAGAAAAAAAAAUGGGUUUUGGGGGGGGGGGCAAUACUUUAAAAAUAAUUUAAGCCAUAAAAUAAAAAUCUGUCACAACUAAGCUUAAAAUGCAUGUUAACACAAUUUAAAGGGCUUCAUGUUUUAAUGGGGCAUAUGAAUAAAAAGCUGAAAUUCUGUUUUCUCAUUUAUUUUAUACAUAGCUCAAUAAGUACUGAUAUAACUAGUUUUUUUAACAUUUCCAGUUUGAAACCGUCAUUUGAAGACAGAGUUGGUGGUUCUGAUGAGAGGGUGAAUAUGCCUAGAGAGUCUGGUGGAGCCCAGGCAUCCACAUCCAACUCGUAUAGAAGGUCACAAGCAAGUUCCUUCCCUCAAGCCAACACUGCAAGACUUCCAUCAGGUGCCCAGUUACCCAAGUGGUUGACAUUGGGUAUGUAUUAAAUUGUGCCCAGUUACCCAAGUAGUUGACAUUGGGUAUGUAUUAAAUUGUGCCCAGUUACCCAAGUGGUUGACAUUGGGUAUGUAUAAAAUUGUGCCCAGUUACCCAAGUGGUUGACAUUGGGUAUGUAUAAUAUUGUGCCCAGUUACCCAAGUGGUUGACAUUGGGUAUGUACAAUAUUGUGCCCAGUUACCCAAGUGGUUGACAUUGGGUAUGUACAAUAUUGUGCCCAGUUACCCAAGUGGUUGACAUUGGGUAUGUAUAAUAUUGUGCCCAGUUACCCAAGUGGUUGACAUCGGGUAUGUAUAAUAUUGUGCCCAGUUACCCAAGUGGUUGACAUCGGGUAUGUAUAAUAUUGUGCCCAGUUACCCAAGUGGUUGACAUUGGGUAUGUACAAUAUUGUGCCCAGUUACCCAAGUGGUUGACAUCGGGUAUGUGUAAUAUUGUGCCCAGUUACCCAAGUGGUUCAUGUUGGAUAUGUAAAAAUUUGCCAGAUGGCAAUUUUUUGCUGUUGCUUAAACUAAUUUAAAAAAUUAUUCAUUUUGUCUCAAAAUAGCUAUAAAUAUUUCUGAAAGUAAAACAUAAUUAGUUUGAGCAUAAAAGAAAACACCUAAGUUAUGGGACUUGUACUCUAAAAUUUUGGCUGGAAGUUGUAAUUGGAAACUGAGACACAGAAAAUUCCUCUUUUAAUCAUGAUAAGUGUUGGAAACUUAGACACAGAAAAUUCCUCUUUUAAUCAUGAUAAGUGUUGGAAACUGAGACACAGAAAAUUCCUCUUUUAAUCAUGAUAAGUGGCUAUAGCUUUACAUUGUUCAUUCAUGCCUGUGUUAAAAGUUUAUUCUUUAAAUGUAAUUCUCCAUUCCAUGAUUUUGAAACCAAUGAAAACGAGUUGCUGUUGAUUAUUUCACAGGGAAGAAAUGAAUUGUUUAAAGCCAGACCAAGGAUACAACAUUGUGCCGAGUUUCAUCAACAGGGAUCGGGCUUCAUUACCAGAAAUAAUCAUCUCUUAGUCCAACUUCAGGACAUAAUAUUUUUGUAUAGCUCAGUUAUGCCCUACCCCUGGCAUUGCUUUGGUAAUGGUAGGCCCUGUUAACUUUUUUUAUCCCCAUGAUUUUUGUUCCCGUUUUCAUUAAUUAACUUGACUAUCAAAUACUUCCCUAUUGAAAGUUUGUGAAAGGUGGACGUUAAAGUUAAACCAGAUACAGUAAAUGCUGUGCAAAUAUUAUUAUUUAUGUUUAAAUUAAUAAAUACAUUUUUUUUUACAUAAAGGUCAAAAUUUUAUUUCAGCAUUUUUCAUGCAUUUAUGAUUUAUGUUAUUAACUUGAUUCAGGCUCUCAUCCUGAGCCUAAUUUUGUCUUGGCAUUUAAUAAGUACUGAACCGAUACAGUUUGCAUUUCAAUGGACACACUGAUCAAAUCAUUCUUUCCUAUUUACAUUAUUUCAACUAAUAAAGACUUUUUGAAUGCUCAUUUUUGUAUGUUGUGACGUUAUGUUUUUGUGUGGGACUAACACCACUCUCUUUCUGGUCAUUAUUUUAUGUUGUGACGUUAUGUUUUUGUGUGGGACUAACACCACUCUCUUUCUGGUCAUUAUUUUAGUACAGUGGUGCCUGACCUGUCGGGAUAAGGGGCACAUUGAUCAUCGUGGCCUUUUUUCACAGGGUCAUUUCGUCCCCCUAGAAUAACAAGGUUCUAAGUUGAUUGGAUUAAAUAGGCACAUAGAACCUUGUUAUUCUAGGGGGACGAUUUGUCUAAUAUCCUUAAGUUGGAUUAAAAAAUGUUCAUAUCCUUUUAUUUUAUUUGAGUUGUCAGCUGAUAAAUGGAGUUGUACUGUUUUAAUGAGUGAGAUGAAAAGAUCCCAGUUAAAAGUCAUGUAUCUCGUGCCAUUGUGAGCAUUGAUAGGUUGCCACGAUGGCAUUUGAUGGGGCAUCUGUAUUAUUGUGUACAGUGGUUCAGAGGUGGCCACCUGUAUUAUUGUGUACACUGGUUCAGAGGGGCCACCUAUAUUAUUGUGUACAAUGGUUCAGAGGUGGUCACCUGUAUUAUUGUGUACACUGGUUCAGAGGGGCCACCUGUAUAAUUGUGUACAGUGGUUCAGAGGAGGCAACCUGUAAUUUGUGUACAAUGGUUCAGAAGGGCCACCUGUAUUAUUGUGUACAGUGGUUCAGAGGGUCCACCUGUAUUAUUGUGUAAAGUGGUUCAGAGGUGGCAACCUGUAAUAUUGUGUACAAUGGUUCAGAAGGGCCACCUGUAUUAUUGUGUACAGAGGUGGCCACCUGUAUUAUUGUGUACACUGGUUCAGAGGGGCCACCUUUAUAAUUGUGUACAGUGGUUCAGAGGUGGCAACCUGUAUUAUUGUGUACAGUGGUUCAGAAGGGCCACCUGUAUUAUUGUGUACAGUGGUUCAGAGCAGCAGUUUAUUGCCACAUGUUGAUAUGUUGCCAAGGUGCAUUCAAAAAAUGUAAAUACAAUGAAAGACUUUUUUUGGCAUUGUUAACUGAAGCUAUAGUGGAAUAAAUACAAGACAUAUAAUCUGAAGACUUAACAAGCUACUAAUGCUUAGAUAGAAUUUAUAUAAGCCAUAUAAAAUUAAAUAAUAUAUAAAAUAAACAAGUUACUUGAAUAUGCUGUCUCUCAUCAAAAUAAAUAAAUGUAUUUAUAUUUAUUAAAAACUUGAAUAGUUUCUCAUAGAACCUUGAUCUAGUGAAUCGGAUGAAAAAUAUGGAAUACCUCAGGACUGGAGGGCACCAGUAAUGUUUAAUUCAAGUCAUUCAGUAGAGUGAAAAAUUGUGCUGACUAUAUUAGUGUGCAUUCUAGAGUCGGCUGUGCAGUGCCUUACAAUGCUUUGUUGGGUUCAGUAGAAUUUGUUUUGGUAGUAUUUCCCCUAGAACUUGGUUCACUUGGCAACUUAUUUUCAAUGACGACUCUACAGUGACAACUUGGUAACAUAUUUCAUUAAUGACUCAAUAUUUCAAUUGUUGUAGUUUGGGCAGGUUUGUUGAUGAAUUGUUCAAUAAAUGUCUCAGUAAUCAACAAACUCAAGCCAUUGUUAUCUCGUUUAUUUAACCGAAAAUAAAG